UGUCUUACAAACAGAAUUGAUGGGAAUAAUGCUGGGAGCUAGAAUCAUUGCUGAACGUGAAAUCGGCAACAAAUCAAUACGCAUACUUACUGACAGCAAGUCUGCACUACUAGCCCUGGACAGCUGUAUGGUUCGAUCCGGGCUGGUUUGGGAGUGCAGACAAACGCUAAAGUAUGUAACGCAGAGGAAUAGUGUGGUACUUUGUUGGAUCAAAGGACACAGUGGCAACGAAGGAAACGAGAGGGCAGAUGAGAUGGCGAAGCGAGCCGCGCGCAUGCCCUUCUGGGGACCCGAACCGGCAAUCACGCCUUCGGUCGCCCUCUCGAACGAACUCGUAAAGCAAUAUACCCAUAGACGCCAUGAGCAGAUAUGGGCGACGUUGAGCAGCUGUCGGCAUAGUAGAGCUUGUAUGGCGACACCAGACCUUUAACAAACAUCUACAUACGAUAGGGGUAGCAACAGACCCAAUCUGUCGUGGAUGCAAUGAAGAAGAGGAAACAGCUGAGCACAUUCUUCGUGAGUGUCCAGCCCUAGCCUCCUACAGGGAAUCCAUACUAGGGGACAUCUGGCCUAGUAUGGCAAAUAUCAGGGAGUUUCCACCCUCUGCAUUACUCAAGUACAUUCAAGCAGUUGGAUGGCUUGACGAGUAGAGGAGCGGGAAAACACCCUGAUAUGGAC